AUGUCGAAUGAAACAGCGUCUAUGAGAGAAAUACAACACAACCGACAACUCAUUUUGCAAGCUCUAAAUAAGAACACAACAAACUUUUCAAACUAUUCUAAGAUAUCUGAGUCAUUGAAAGAAGGAAACUUAAAACUGACAUUAAACCCAAUGACAGAUGAGUUUCUGUUUCAAGACAAUAAGAACCAUACUGUUUGUAUAAAUCCAACAAAAGGAACUUUAAACGAGAAACCUAUAUCUGAACUUCUUUUGAAAGCAGAUGUUGACAACAAAGCAGACAAAACAUAUGUAGACGAUGCAAUAGCAAAAGAAGAAGAAAGAGCUGACAAAGCUUAUGCAACAAAAGAACAUACUCAUCCUGAACUAGCAGACAAAACAUAUGUUGACAAUAAAAUGUCAAGUGAAGUGACAAGAGCUGAAAACGAAUAUUCUAAAAAGACUCAUACACAUUCUAUAUCUGAAAUAACAGACUUAAACGUUAGCCUUGAAAAGAAAGCAGAUAAGGAAUUGGUGGCUAGUGUGUUAGUGAAGAAAGCAGAUAAGGAAUAUGUGGAUGAAAAAGAUAACGAAAUGAAAGAAAGGGUUGACUGGUACCAUGAAUGGACAUCGAAGAUUUUAAAAACUAAAGCCGAUACAGGAUGGGUUUCAGGAUGUUUAGACCUUAAAGCAGAUAAAACUUAUGUUAACGAUGAGUUAGAGAAGAAAGCAAAUAAGACUCAUACACAUACAAGUUUUACAACUUUUACAGCAGAUGAUAUAAUAUUGAACUUUGACCUUGGUUCAAGUGCACCUUUAGAGAAUCCAAGUACAAGCGUAAAAGAUACACUAAACAAUUUAGAUAACAGUUGCAGGAACAUUGAAAGUCAUGCCAGAAACUUUGAAGCAUAUGAACUACCAGCAAUGUUAGACAAGAAAGCAGACAAAACAGAGCUUCAAACAUUAAAGACAGAAAUACUUCAAACAUUAUAUCCUACAGGCUCUAUUUAUACGUCAAUGAACUCUACCAGACCAGAAGUAGUACUUGGUUUUGGAACUUGGACUCAAAUAGUCGACAGGUUUUUGUAUUGUGCAAACUCUUCAAAGGAAACAGGUGGAAGUAAAACGAUUUCAGGUGCAAACUUACCUGCGCACAGUCACUACGUAAGUUUAACUACAUCUCGAGAAGGUGGGCAUAGGCAUAAAUAUUGGGAUUGGACAGGAAUGACAAAAGGUAAAGGAUAUGAUGUUAAAGACAACGUUCAGUUUGCUAUAAAUUGUUACUUGGAUAACACUGAGGUAGGAGGAGACCAUACACAUUUCGUUUCAGGGUAUACGCAAACAACGGGACAAAGUAAAGACUACAUGCAACCUUACAUGACAGUUUACGCAUGGUAUAGAAAUGCUUAG